AUGGCAAAAAAGAAAGGAAAAAAUAGGAAGAAAAUCCUUGAAAUUGGAUUAAGAUCGUCGAAUUCAAGCUUCUCUCCAUCUGAGGAUCAUGCUGAUGCUGGAUUUGAUGAAGAUGAUGAAGGAUCCACAUCGGAUCUUAUGGGUUCAACUGGACCUAAGGGAGAAAAGAAAAAAGUUCUAAUGGCAGAUCUUCUAAAUUCUGAUCCACUUUCAUCGCAGCAAGCUGCUUCAACUGAUAAUCUUCCACAGCGGCAUCAGUUCUUGAAUUCAGCAUGUAAUUCUGUUAAAAAUCUUGAUUACUCUGUGAUUUCUGCAAGGAAUCAAGAUUGUCUUACUCCGCAAGUGAUUGUUGGAUCUCGUGCCUCUUUGGGGUCUCGAUCUGGUACUGGUGGAUCUGGUAAGGUUUCUUGGGCUGAUGAAGUUGAAUUUGCUCGUGAUCAGUUAAAUUUGAAUCCUGCUAGUUCAUUGGAUGCCAAUAUUCAAAGUAAUCUGAUUUCUCUACUGGACGAUUCCUCUGUUCCUAUUAAGAAUAAUUUCAAGAAUCUAAAUGACAAAAAUGAGAGCUUAAAGGAUGCUGGAAAUCUGGAUUCCUCUGAUAAGAAUGAUAUAAAUAAUGAAGGAAAUCUGGUUAUUGAUUCUGGAAAUGUCAAGAAAAGUUGGAUUAGCCUAUUUGCUGAUAAUAGGAAAACUGGUUGUGGUUUGAACUUAAACUUUGUGAAGCCAGAAAAUAAUGAUUUUGUGUCAUUUAGUGAGGAGGAAUGGAAUGAAGGACUAAGGUUAAAUCUGUGGAGUUCAAAGGCUAUAAGCAAAAUUGCAAGUCAUGUGGGUAAACCUGUUGCCACUGAUAAGCUCACUGCUAGUAAGCAAAGGUUGGCUUAUGCUAGGGUUUUGGUUGAAGUCCAUAUGCCCUCCUCUCUUCCAGACUCUAUUCCUAUACAUGGACCUAAUGGUCAAGUAUAUAAUCAAAAAGUGAUCUAUGAGUUCAAACCUAAAUGGUGUGAUAGUUGCAAAAUUGUGGGGCAUGAUACUAAUUUCUGUAAAAAGCAUCCUAAGAUUCAGAAACGGGUACCUAAGACUAGUGCAGGAAUUUCUGACAAGUUUAUUCAUACACAUAACCAGCAUGAGGAUCAGAUACAAAAAAGCCCUUGUAAACUUGUGCAUGCUGUGCAUGUUAAGGCACAAUCAGCAAAUGUUGCUGGAUCUCUUCCUAAGUUGUCUGAAGGUGAUGAGAAUCUGAAGAGUAAUCAGAUAAGCAAAAGCUCUAGCAAGUCUGUGCAUGAUGUGCAUGUUCAGGCACAAACUGCAAAUGUUGCUGUUGAAGACACUAGUCUGCCUGGGGAGCUUGAGCUGGAGGGUUUUUCUAGUAGGGAUAAUGUUCAGGCAUUUUCUGCUGGAAAAAUUAAAGGCUUGGCUGAUAGCAGUAAGUAUCCAUCAGGGAGUAAAGCUGUGCAGGCUGUGCAUGUUCAAGAAUUUGGUUUUGUUGGAUCUAAUAAAGGCAAAAGUUUGCAGUCCUCUAAAACAUGGUCUGUGGUGAUGGGAGAAUUAAGGCAAAUUCAACAUAGAGUUGGUAAUAAGCCUUGGAUUCUCAGUGGUGAUUUCAAUGCUAUAUCUGAUGAUGAGGACAAAUUAGGUGGAGCUAUGGUUACUGUGGCUGAAACACUGGAUAUCAGAGAAUUCAUUGAUGACUGUCAACUUACUCACUUGAAAACUGAAGGGUGUUUCUUUACUUGGAACAACAAACAAGAGGCAAAUUCCAGAGUAUGGAGUAGACUUGAUAGAACUCUGGUCAAUGAUGCUUGGAUUAAUCUAUAUAACUCUAGCCAUGUUGAAUAUUUGCUACCCAAUUGCUCCGAUCAUUCUCCUGCAUUGGUGUCAAUAUAUGAUGAAUGUGUCCAAGGGAAAAAACCUUUCAAAUUUUUCAAUAUGUGGAGCAAGCAUGAUGAUUACUUACCCACUGUGACUUCCAUCUGGCAAGGGAAAAUUCCAGGCUGUAUCAUGUUUUCAGUGACCAGUAAAUUGAAGCUCCUGAAAAUAGCUCUCAAAGACUUAAAUAAGAAAAAAUUUCACAAUAUAUCUGAGCAAGUUAUCAGAGCAAGGAUAAAUCUACAGAAUGCCCAAAAGUAUUUACAAUCAGAUCAUCUUAAUGCUGACUUGAUUGAACAGGAAAAAAAAUACAUGCUCACUUACAAUAAGCUGCUGGAGUGUGAAAUUUCUUUCUAUCAACAAAAAUCUAGGAUUCAAUGGUGUACUCAAGGGGACAGGAGUUCAAGUUUUUUUCACUCAGCUGUCAAAGCUAAAAGGCAUCUCAAUAGAGUUAAUGUUCUCUAUGAUAGUGCAGGAAACAGAAUUACUGAUGGUGACUUAAUCAUUCAGGAGCUACUUGAGUACUACAAGCAACUAUUGGGUUCAAGCACAAUUCUAGUCAAGUCUGGUAGUAAUGUCAUUCACAGUGGUCCAUGUUUAAAUGAUGCUCAAAUAAAUUUCUUAUCUUCAGCUGUGACUAGAGAUGAAAUUAGACAUGCUGUCUUCUCAAUGGAUGAUAGGAAAGCUCCGGGCCCUGAUGGAUUUGGUAUAUCCUUCUACAAGUCAGCUUGGUGCAUUAUUGGCGAUGAGGUAUCUGAAGCUAUUCUGGAAUUCUUUAAAACAGGUAAAAUUCUGGGCAUGAUAAAUUCUACUGCCAUCACUUUGAUUCCAAAAGUGAAGUGUCCUAAGACCCCAUCAGACUUCAGACCUAUAGCUUGUUGCAAUAGUCUCUACACAAUUAUUUCCAAAAUUCUGGCUAAUAGGAUCAAAUCUGUGAUGGGAUACUUAAUUAAUGAUAGCCAGUCUGCAUUUGUUAAAGGAAGACAAAUCUCUAGCAACAUCCUUCUUGCAAAUGAGAUUGUGAAGAACUAUAACAGGAAGCAUAUCUCUCCUAGAAUUAUGUUGAGUAUUGAUAUCAAAAAAGCCUUUGAUACUGUUAACUGGGAUUUCCUAAAUGAGAUGUUAAAAGGCCUUGGAUUUCCUGUCAAUUUCAUCAACUGGAUCAUGGUUUGCAUUUCAACUCCUAAAUUCUCUCUAUCGUUAAAUGGUACUCUUCAUGGGUAUUUCAAAGGCAAGAGGGGUCUAAGGCAAUGUGAUCCUAUCUCUCCAUACUUAUUCAAUUUGGGUAUGGAAUUUCUCUCAAGAAGGCUGGACUUGCUUAAGGAGAAUAGAUCAUUUAAGUAUCAUCCAGGAUGCGGUAAGCUUAAAAUAUCUCAUCUUAUGUUUGUUGAUGACCUUCUACUCUUCUCCAAAGGAGAUUCUCAUUCAGUGGAGCUGCUCCUCAAUUGUUUUAAAGACUUUUGUACUGUGUCUGGGCUUGAAGCAAAUCCAGACAAAUGCAAAGUAUUCUAUGGAGGAGUUGAUGAUAGCACUAAAGGAUCUGUUAACAGGCUCUUAAAUUUUAAUGAGGGAGUCUUUCCUAUCAAAUAUUUGGGAGUUCCAUUAAUAUCCAAAAGAAUAUCCUUCAACGAUUGA